GUACGACCGAUCUGGCAACACGGAGCCCUACCUCAAUCGAGGCUGGUGUUUCUGCGAGUCGUCCUGGGCGAUGUUGACGAAGAGCUCCACCCGCCUCGUGGACCUUGGUCGAUUUUCCGGAGCAGAAACGUGUUUCUUCGGCGAUCAUGGCCGCGAAGGCUCGCUGGUGCGCGCCUGCGCAGCUGGUCGGAGAGCGCCCCUCCUGCCCGACGCAUUCGAGGCGGAGCUCCAGCGCAAGGGCUUCGCGAACGCCAGGGACGACCGUCCGCUGGUCGUUGGGCUGUACCGCUCGUCGUUCGCGCGCCGCUUUGGGUCCGCGGAGGCGCUGGCGUACGCGGGCCUGGAGUGGGGGGACGAGGAGAUGCGGCAGCUGAGCGCCGUCCUCUCCUCGGGCGCCGCGCCCCGGCUACGGGACCUCCUGCUUCACUCUAACCGCGUGGGCGACGAGGGCGCCGCGCGCCUGGCGGGGGCGCUCCGCACCCUGGGCGCCCUGCCGGCGCUGACCUCGGUCGACCUGCGGAGGAACCUCGUGGGGGACGAGGGCGCGGCAGCCCUGGCCAAUGCGCUCCGGGCGCCCGGGGCCCUCCCGCGGCUGCAGGCGCUUCGCCUCGGCGCCAACCCGCUCGGCAAGGAGGCGCGGGCGACGCUGCGCGCGGCGUGGGCCGAGGCCGGCCGGCCCGAGGGCGGUGCGUUCGUGGGCGCGGACGGCGCCGGGAGGCCCGCGGGCCUGAGCUUCGUGUGA